AUGGCAUCUCACUUUGCCACAAAAGCUCUUCCGCCUCCACCACUUCGCAUCGAAAAGAGGUCAACGUCUCCCUACGCUAAUCGGUCUAAUCAGCUGCACACCACGUCGGCAAACGCCCACACAAAGACAGCCAUGCCCAACGCGGAGUCUUCUCGGCAGGCCAUGAUGCCGACGCACAGUAGCGCUGCCAAUGGCGUCGCGCGCACCAACAGCGGCCGCUUCCGGAUUCGCGUUCCCUCGCUCACAAAGGCAGCAAAGCCAUCAGGAUCUCAGAGCGCAGAUCAGACGUCCUCGCACAACACUGCCUCAGAUCCUUCCACCUCGCAAGCACCCACAAAGGCCUGGCAACCGCGAUGGGCGCCCAAGCUUAAGCGCACCACUCCCUCCGACUCCGUCACCACCUAUUCUCCCAUCCUCAGCCCUCCCCUUCCACCACUGCCUUCAUCGGCCGCUUCGCCGCCCCCCGCCUUACAGCUUGAUGACGCGGGCUUCGGUCGACCCUUCAGCACAUCUGGCCUGCUUGACAUGAAUGCAUCACGCUUCUCAUUCCUCGACAUGAGCCUUCGAGACCACGACAGUGACUCGGACCACGAAGGCACGGCCAGCAACUCCCCCUACCCUCCGCAGGCCCCAACAAUACGAGAACCCCCAGCCAUGGGACAGUCACCGCUCGUCGGAUUUCCCUCCAGCGCCGGCAUCUCUGCUACAACUCGUUCGACAGCCUUGUCGAGUACCUCCGACCCCUCACCGGCCGAUGCUGGUCACGACUUGCUCCGCGUUCCACGCUUGGCCUCUCCCGUUUCUGCCGAGGGAUCGCGCACGACGCUGACAUCGCAGAUGUCGCUUCCCACAUCGUCCCCGGCGCUGGCUUCGCUCAUCAGCUCCUUCCCUUCACCAACCACUCGACAGCCGCCCUCCAUCAGCGAGUCGUUGGGGGCGCACCUGCCCCCCUCCAAGCUUCCGCACUCUGACGGGGUUCGGAGUCUGGGACCUACACUCAUGUCCAAACAGAACAGCUGGGACGGCGGCGAGCGCUGGGAUAUCGAGAGGCCUAAAGCUAGCGGAUUGACGGCCAGUCGCUCCUCGACCGAGCUGCCAUACCUGGACAUGGAGGACGAGGACACCGAGGUGCUUGCCGCUGCCCUGCCCAACCCGGGCGGACAUUUGCCACAGCCCGUAAUCGGCUCGACAACGGCAUCGCCGCCACGCAACCGCCAGACGCGAAACCCACCUCCCGGACCCGCACCAACCGCCGCCCUUCCCGCCUUGCCUGGCUUGCCGUCUGCACCAACGCACGACGAAGCUGCGCGAACCAUCUCCGCUACCCCUGGCGCAGUCACGGACCAGGACCAGGACGGCGAUCCCCAUUCACGCCGUGCCUCCCGACAGCUGCAGAGGCCGCUGAUCUUACCGACCUUGCGCUCCUCUUCCAGCUUCGAUCGGCUAUCCAGUAUGCAACAGGCCGCUAGCGGCUCAGCCGCAAUCCAGUCCUCCAUCGGACCUUCCCCGCCCAAGUUGGUCGUCGGCGCUGACCGCAAAGCUUUGACGCUCUCGCGCAAUGCGUCGACGGACGAGCUUGCGCGUUCUCUCGACAUCCCUCGUGACACGGUCAAGCAGAUGCUCGACACGACUCAGCACGUUUGGCGCAACCAUCUUCUCGGCUCUUCCGCCCUGAACAUGAAGAUUGAAGCCUCCUCUCCGCAGAGCCACGAUCAGCUCCCCAGAUCAAGCUCGAGCCCAAUGCUGUCGACGUUGUUUGCAUCUCACAGUGGGUCAGCCGGCGGCGUUGCUCGGGACGAUGGUUCCAGAGUGCCUAGAUCAUCGUCCGGAGGCAUCCCUUACAUUUCUUCUUCCAGACCAUCGUUCGAGCAACAGAGCCCGAGCUGGGCAGUCGUCGGGGAUGCUGCCGAUGGACAGCCCGCUAACUUGCUAGACGCGCGAGCAGAGCGGGCUAAGCAUCGCCGCACGUUUUUGGGUCGCAGCAGCGAAGACGGCCUUACGGCCAACUACAACUUUUCUCGGCCUAUCCGCCGCGAUGCGACCGGCUCGGACGAUGGCCUGGGGUCGAGUGUCAGUAUGCCAUCGCUUUCAGCUGCGAGGCAGGCUCCCAAACCACCUGUACUGCUGCAAAGCCCUCUGCUGCUGAAAGGCGAGUCGGAAGCUACCGGGUUUGCCCAAUUCGCUGUUGACGACGAGGAGGAGAUCUUGGCGGACUCGGCUUCGGAAGCCCAUCAACUCUCCUCCGCUGGCCAUGCUCUGCCCACGGAGCAACGUCGUCAAGCCGCUUCGGUGCUCACGUCGAGAUCCGGUCCUUUCGCUCUGCAAAAGCCGGUGCCUGCGCUACCGGGACAGCCUAACCCGACCUCGCCAAGGCUGGUGCGCCGUAAUUCUGAUACAGUGCUCAACCGCUUCGCCCCCGAGUUCGGCAAGAGAGCCCCAGGUGAGCUUCAUGCAUGGAGCGUCUGCAUCGACGACGACGGCAUUCCUGCCAUCCGACCUUCUGCCUCUGCAUUCCACCGCCCGCAAUGUGCCCUCGCUGGCAAAACCAACGCCACGUGGCAGUGCGGAUGCCGAGCCAACGGUGGCGCUGACCUUGCAGCGACACCAUCGUCACAGCUCACGAGAUUCCCCACUCCGGCCCUGACGGCGCCCGGCCAGUCCUCGCCAGGCCGCAAUCGGUCGCUGAGCGCGAGCAGCGUGAUGGACCCGGCGCGACAGGCGCAGCUGUGGAGCCAGGUGGAGAGGAACAAGGAGCUGAUUCGCAAGCACGAGCAGGAGAUCGCAGGUCUGCAGGAACAGGUGGUGAGGAUCUCGACCGAGAUCGCCUCUGCGCGCCCCUCUUUCUCGUCGACCCUCAGAACGCCGGAGCUGGCAUCUGCGCCCAUGAUGUCGUCCCAGACGUCGAAGCCGGUCGCAAACCUUGUGGCCCGAAAGCCGUUGCCUUCGAUCAUGUCGUCCGAGGCAGACAGGUCCGGGCCUCCUGUGCCGUCCAAGGCAGAAGCAGCCGAACCAUUCCCAUCGAUGAGCGCGGCAGCCAUACCUGGCUCAGCUGUCGCACCCUGCGAGGGCGUUGCAAGCACACGAACGCUCCGGGGUCGAAUAGCGUCCUUGUCGAGAAUCAACCUCGCCGGGCGCGACGAGGAGACGCGCGAGUCGCAAUCGCUAGACCUGGGCCAUUCACGUUUGCGCUCUUCGUCGUCGACAUCGAGCCUGAACAAGGUGUUCCGAUUUCCGUGGUCGCGCUCCUCGGAGAGAGAGACGGUCUUCCCGCAACCGACGCCAUUCCCUAUGGGCGGACGCCACGCGCAGUCUGGCUCUGUCUCGUCGUCGCGCGACAAGGCGCUGCCGAACGUGCACAUGCACUCGGCGGAUGUGCAUCGUCCGCUUCCCGCACCGCCUGUUUCGGAGAUGCCGCCAUCCAAGCGAUAUCCUCCGAGCUCGCGCAAGUACUCGUACGACAUGCUGCACGGCCCAGCGUUCCAUUCGAGCGUCGGGUCGCGGCACCUGCGCGGCCGUUCGGGCAGCUCGAAAUCGUCGUCUUUUGGCACGGGCAACAGCAUCUUUUCUUCGGCAGAAAGCAACGACACCCACGAGCCUUCGCGCUUCGCCAAUUUCCCGAGAUUCGGCCGACGAUGGGACUCGAUCUCGUCGCGCGGCACCACCCCUUCGGCUCGAAACAGUGCGGAUGUGACCAACCUGGUGGGCGCCACGCACGCAUCGACGCCGGCGCUCUCUUCGUUCGGCGCUAAACCGGCAGCGGCCGUACCGAACGAUGUCGAGCUGCCACCGCGACGAAGCUCGUUGCGAAAGUCGGUCGAGGCGGCUCCGGCUCGCUCGCCCAUCCCGAUCGAGUUCCUGCAGGCCAACGAUGCCGGCAUGGCGCCCAUCUCGGAACAGAGCGAGAUGGGCAGUCCAGCGUCGACGCGCCUGGACACGAUCGCUGCCGACGUAGAGAUGAGCCCGGCGAGCCUGGCGGGCAUGUCGCCCGCUGGUCCGGCGAGGAUGAGCAUGAGCGAGCGCUACCGCCUGCAAGGCUUGACCGUGCCUGCGCCGUUACCGCUCUCUUCGUCGCACGCCUCGUCGCUGGCAUCGCCAGCGCUCACAUCGGCCAACGAGCCCGACUCGGCCACCAAGGUCGCCGGGUGGAUUUCGAAUUGGACCGAGCGCCAGGCAGGCAGCCCCAUCCCAAGACUCGCGUCGCCCUCUCCCUCUGCCUGCCCGUUCCCCGCGCCCCUUUUUUCGUGCAUUUUGCGCUCGUUCCAACAAGAAACGGGCAGCGAGGGCGCGCGCUGCAGCGACCGUGCCUCCGCGCUGGACUGCACCGCACCGGCCGCUUUCGCCCACAGCACCGCUCGCAGCCUCGCAAAAAGACGCGCCUCCGCUUUCCACACUCAGCCAGCCAAUCCAGCGCUCACUCCAUCUCCGAAUCACUUCGUCGCUUUUGCCUCCACCUCCUAUCCACCAUCGUCCAUCGUCGUUGUGGCACACACCUACUCGCUGGCUCGGCAUCCCGUCGCUCACGUCCAGGUCGUUCCGCUUCCUUUGGCACGCAUCUCCUGCAUCGCCCCCAUCCCGCACGUCCAACUGCAUCCUCGCAGACGCAACCGGUCCGUCCAUUCAACGUCGCCGCUCGCAUACGACCUUCCGCUGCCAGCCGUCGCUGUUUCAUCCUCGACCGCACCCGCACGCUUUAGCCAGCCUGGCAUCGAUCAGUCGAUCCCGCUCAGCACCGCUGCUGAUCCGCACUUGCCUCGUAUCGGAACUGCCGACACACCUCCAAAGCGCACACGCGGCCCGCAUCUGGCUCGAAUAAUCCUACGUGGCACUCCACCGGCACGCUACAAGCGCGGGCGUCGCACGUAUCGAGCCAUGGGUAACGUUUGCAGUUGUUGCGGCUGCGGCUCCUCCAGGAACGCCAACUACGAGCCGCUCCUGCUCGACAAUGAGCGAGAUGCCGUCGCCGAUCUGCUGCAGUACCUUGAAAACCGCUCCGAGACCAACUUCUUCACCGGCGACCCGCUGCGAGCAUUAUCCACGCUCUCGUUCAGCGACAAUGUGGACCUGCAGCGCAGCGCUGCGCUCGCCUUUGCCGAGAUCACGGAAAAGGAGGUGCGCGAGGUCGGGCGCGACACGCUCGAGCCCAUCAUGUUCCUCCUGCAGAGUCACGACGUCGAGGUGCAGCGCGCCGCCAGUGCUGCGCUCGGCAACCUCGCCGUCAAUGCCGAGAACAAGCUGCUUAUCGUCAAGCUCGGCGGCCUCGAGCCCUUGAUCCGACAGAUGCUCAGCCCCAACGUCGAAGUGCAGUGCAACGCCGUCGGCUGCAUCACUAACCUCGCCACCCACGACGACAACAAGACCAAGAUCGCCAAGUCGGGCGCAUUGGUCCCGCUCACGCGCCUGGCUCGAUCCAAGGACAUGCGUGUGCAGCGCAACGCCACGGGUGCGCUGCUCAACAUGACACACAGCGACGAGAACCGCCAGCAGCUCGUCAACGCUGGCGCCAUCCCCGUGCUCGUCGGCCUUCUCGGCAGCUCGGACACGGACGUGCAGUACUACUGCACCACUGCGCUCAGCAACAUUGCCGUCGACGCGGCUAACCGCAAGAAGCUCGCCCAGACCGAGCCCCGACUCGUGCAGAACCUGAUCGGCCUCAUGGAGAGCUCGUCGCUCAAGGUGCAGUGCCAGUCGGCGCUCGCGCUGCGUAACCUCGCGUCGGACGAAAAGUACCAGAUCGAGAUCGUGCGUUCCAACGGCUUGCCGCCUCUGCUGCGACUGCUGCGCUCGUCGUUCCUGCCGCUCAUCCUGUCGGCGGCGGCGUGCGUGCGCAACGUCUCCAUCCACCCGGCCAACGAGUCGCCCAUCAUCGAUGCCGGCUUCCUGCACCCUCUCAUCGACCUGCUCAGCCACGAGGACAACGAAGAGAUCCAGUGCCACGCCAUCAGCACGCUGCGCAACCUCGCCGCGUCGAGCGAGCGCAACAAGACGGCGAUCGUCGAGGCGGGCGCGGUGGAGCGCAUCAAGGAGCUCGUGCUCAACGUGCCGCUGAGCGUGCAGAGCGAGAUGACGGCGUGUGCGGCCGUGCUGGCGCUCUCCGAGGACCUCAAGCCGCAGCUGCUCGAGAUGGGCAUCUGCGAGGUGCUCAUCCCGCUCACCGCGUCGCCCUCGGUCGAGGUGCAGGGCAACUCGGCGGCGGCGCUGGGCAACCUCUCGUCGAAAUCCGACGACUAUGCGCCGUUCAACGCGGUGUGGAACCAGCCCGAGGGCGGCCUGCACGGCUACCUGGUGCGCUUCCUCGAGUCGCACGACUCCACCUUCCAGCACAUCGCUGUGUGGACGAUCGUGCAGCUGCUCGAGUCGGGCGAUGCGCAGCUCGAGGACAACAUCCGCAGCUCCGAGCAGCUGCUGCCGCUCAUCCAGCACCUCGCCUCGCUCUCGGCCGACCAGAGCGCCGAGGACGAGAGGACCGACGGCUCGGACGACGGCACGAGUGCCGAGGGCGAGAUCUCGUCGCUUGCCAGGCGCAUCCAGGAGAUGAUCCUCGAGCCGCAGCAGUGA